CACUGGGGUAGGUAGGAAAAGGUCUAACAUAGCGUCGGCGCUUGUAAUUUUAUAAGCAUGAAAACGAAAAGGCGGGCUGACCCGACGACGGACCUCGUCGAUUUGUACUCUACAUAGCUAUCACCUGCCAUCGUUUGCCCACGUAUAGGCACAAUAUGCUCUACCAGAGACCAAUCCAGGCAUAUGUGUAUAUUCUGUCAAUCGCACUGAUGUCUUGUGUUCUCGACCUUAGUCCUUACAACACCUCCUUCCCAACCUUUGUUCGCCACUAUAACGCUGAGAUUUAUGUUCAUUCUUUGACUGGCCAAGUUUUGCUCUUCGCUUCCAUUGCCACUUCUGCACGUCCAGGUCUCCAUGCACGUAUCACGAAUCCCGAAAUCCCAUCACAAAGCCCCCCCCCCGAGCAACUCACGCCAUUUUUCGAUGCCACGACUCGAGUAACCCUGGUAUCCUUAAAGAUCUGUGGGCACGCGCUGACGUGAGGCUGCGACAUAACUCAUCAACCAGUCUGAUCAGUCCCCAUCAUCAUACAACCCCAUACUCCGGGCAGACUCUACGGUACUGGCGGAAGAAAUUCU